AUGAUCGAGCAUCUCUAUGUCGAGGAACCGACCGACAAUGAGAUCCAGAUCGGUGCGAUCAACGGCAUGCUUGAGAAUCUCAACGAUCCAUACACCACCUUUAUCCCGGCGGAUCUGGAGCGUGAUUUCAACAAGGACAUGCGCGGCGAGUAUGUCGGGAUCGGCGCCGAGGUGAUCCUGCGUGAUGGUUGGCUGACCAUCGCGUCUCCAAUGGACGACUCCCCGGCAUGGAAAGCGGGUGUCAUGGCCGACGACAAGGUCGUGAAGAUCGACGGCGAAUCCACAUGGGGAUAUACGAUCAACGACUCGAUCGACAAACUCCUCGGCGAACCCAACACCAAUGUGACGAUCACUGUCGAACGCAACGGUGUUGAGCAAGAAAUCACGAUCACACGAGAUCACAUCAAAGUCCAAGCCGUGAAGGGGUUCAUGCGCAGCGAUGGCGGCGAGGGUCCUUGGCGCUAUAUCAUCGACGACUCCACCAAUAUCGCGUACAUCCGGCUGACCCAGUUCAUCCCUGGCUGUGCUCAGGAGCUCAAAGAAGCGAUCGAGACCGCGACGGCGAACGCGGGAGGCGAGCUCGAGGGUUUGAUCCUCGAUCUGCGUUACAACCCAGGCGGACUGCUGAAUGAAGCUGUGGAGAUUGCGGAUCUGUUCCUUGAAGACGGCGUGAUUGUGACCACAAAGGGCAGAGCACACGAAGAUCGCUCCGAGAGUGCAUCCAAAAAUGGCACACUCCCGCAUUUCCCGAUGAUCACACUCAUCAACGGUAACUCCGCGUCGGCUUCCGAAAUUCUCUCCGGAGCACUCGCGGAUCAUGGACGCUCCAUCAUCAUCGGCGCUCGAUCAUUCGGGAAGGGAUCUGUCCAGACGGUGCGCCCGCUUGAAUCUGGCGCGGGAACGCUCAAGAUGACUGAGCAGUACUACUACCUUCCUUCCGGACGCUUGCUCCAUCGCCGAGACGAUUCGACUGUGUGGGGCGUAGACCCUACGCCGGGCUAUUACCUCUCGAUGACCGAUCAAGAGCGGAUCAACAUGCUCAACGCUCGCAGAGAAAACGAGAUCCUCCACAAAGUGGAAGGUCCGGAACUCACGAAUCGGGAUGAGAUUCUUGAGGCGCUCGAUGAUGUCCAGCUUACUGCUGCGGUCAAUGUGUUGAACAACCGUCUCGCGACUGGAGAGUUUGCGCCAGUCGGGAUUGAAUCCAACCAACCCGAUGAUGCCGCGUUUGAGGAGCUGGUCGCACUGCGAUUGCAAGAGGAACGCAUCCUGCGUCAGCUCGAGCGGAUCAAUCGACGCGUAACCGCGAUCGAGAGUGUGGUGAAUUCUGAUGAAGACCCGCUCGAUCUGUGGGACGAUGAUCGUCAGGUCGCAGGUGGUCAGCUCAUCGUUAAGGAUGCGGAGGGGAAUCUGGUUACCACGCUUGAGAUCACUGGACCAAACCUUGAACGCUGGCUCAUCGAUGCAGAUGUCAAGAUAUUGGACAAUGAUGACAUCGAGGGCGACUCGACGAUCGUGCGUUCGUCCGUCGUCGCAUCGCAGACCGAAACCCAUGCUGAAUACGGCGGGGUGGUUCCAGAGAUCGCCUCUCGUCUCCACGAGAUCAACAUCCUUCCCGUUCUCAAGCAAGCGAUCGAUGAAGCGGGUGUUGAGCUCGAACACAUCGACGCGAUCACAGUGGGACAUCGACCUGGUUUGGUCGGUUCGUUGUUGGUCGGAUUGUCAGCCGCGAAAGCGUUGAGCUGGUCACUCAACAAACCACUGAUCGGCGUCGACCAUGUGCAUGCACACCUCUACGCACCAUUCCUUGAUGCUCAAGAUGUACCAACUUUCCCGGCGUUGGGGCUCGUGAUCUCUGGAGGUCACACCUCGCUCUAUCGCAUGGACUCCCCUACCAAACUCACACGCUUGGGCGCCACGAUCGAUGACGCGAUCGGAGAAGCGUUCGACAAAGCAGCGUCAAUUCUGGAUCUGCCAUAUCCCGGCGGUCCGCAUAUCGACAAGCUCGCACAAGAUCCAGAUGCGAAUGAUCGACUUGUCGAUUUCCCAAUCUCAAGACUCGGGAAGGACUCGCUGGAUUUCAGUUACUCGGGAUUGAAAACAGCGCUGUUGUAUGCCGCGAAGGGAAAGCCCAAUCCGCCCAAACUCCCAGGAAAACCACAGCGGAUCGCGGAACCUGCUCCGGAGCUGACAGCGGAUCGUGUUCGUGAUCUCGCGGCGAGUUUCCAGAGAGCCGCGGUCCGCGCCCUGACGAUCAAAGCACAAAGGGCGCUGGACACGAAUCCGGAUCUCACUUCCAUCAUCAUCGGAGGCGGCGUCAGCGCCAACACGCGUGUCCGAUCUGAGUUUGCUCAUCUCGCACAGGACAAUGACUGCUCGCUGCAUAUCCCAGAGAUGAAAUACUGCGUGGACAACGCCGCGAUGAUCGGGGCGCUUGGAUCGGUCAUGUUCGAGGCUGGUCACUGCGAUGAUCUCACUCUCGCCGCGACCCCAACCACGGCGUGCUGA